AUGCGAUCCAAGUUCAAGGACGAGCACCCUUUUGAGAAGCGAAAGGCUGAGGCCGAGCGCAUUCGCCAGAAAUAUGCUGAUCGUAUUCCUGUCAUCUGCGAGAAAGUCGAGAAAUCGGACAUUGCCACCAUUGAUAAAAAGAAGUAUCUGGUGCCGGCCGACCUCACCGUAGGGCAGUUCGUCUACGUUAUUCGCAAGCGCAUAAAGCUUUCUCCUGAGAAGGCUAUCUUUAUCUUCGUUGAUGAGGUCCUACCCCCAACUGCUGCCCUCAUGAGCAGCAUCUACGAAGAGCACAAGGACGAAGAUGGCUUCUUGUACAUCACAUACUCGGGCGAGAAUACGUUCGGCGAUCUGUGA